CAGUUCAGUCACAGUUAAAACGAAAGAUCAAACGUACGUUGGUUUGGUGGACGGAAAACGCGUUUAGUGUAUCCAACCGUCCCCCAUAUUCCCCAUAAGUGCUGAUUACAUAUCCACCGCUGUGCAAUAGUGCAUCGAUUUAUGGCCAUCAAAAAACAAGAAAAAGAAUUAGCCAACUGUGGAUAGAUAGCAAGAAGCCUUGCUUUGCUUUAUUUCUCGGUACGUCAUUCAGCAUUGAGUCGAGUCAGCAAAAUUGCUAAAUACAAUAAAAUAAAUUUUGUGGUGUAUGAGAGAGUGUAAAAAAGGCAAUAAGGAGCCCAAAUAAAUAUUUAAAUAUGUGUUAAUUAGUGUUGAAAGUUUGACAUUUUAUUUUAAAUUGGAAUUAAAGAAUUUUUUCUAUUCUAAGCGCUAAUUGCGAGCCAUAAAUUUACGCGUGUGUUUAAAGAAUUCAAAGCUCUUUGGAAAGAUAUUGUAGCUAUAUUUAUAAAGAUAUUAACUAUCCAUCUUUGUUCCAACGACCAAGUGAAGUAAUUCUGUGCGUGUCUCCCUCUCCAAGAAAAAAAAAACAAAAGAUCAUCAUCUAACAUCAGCAGAAGUUAGAAGGCACAUUAAUUGUUAUUAUACUAUUCCACAUUCUUUCUAUUUCGUUUGUGGACAAAGAAGUAAAAAAAAGGAACGUCAUUAAGUUGGUUUUUUUGUGGACGUCAUCAAAGACAUCUUUCAAUUGUAUCCCAAGGCACCAGCAGCGUUUACUGCUUUUUCUUCAGAGCAACAUCAUCAUCAUCCAUUGCCUGCUGUGUGUGUUCUCUGAUUGGCAACAGUUCGCAAAAUGGACACACAACUUGUGUGGGCCCGAGAUCCCAUAGAGGGUUACAUACAAUGUCGCAUCUCGGAAAUUGGUGCAAAAGAUUUUGAAGUUACACCGCUAGAUCGUAAAUAUCCAAAACGAUCAUGCCACAUGGAUGAUAUCUUCUCAUCGUGUGAUGGACCCCAAGAUCAUGAUGAUAAUUGCGAAUUGAUGUUACUAAAUGAAGCCACAUUUCUGGAUAAUUUGAAAACACGUUAUUACAAGGACAAAAUUUAUACAUAUGUGGCCAAUAUAUUAAUAGCCAUAAAUCCGUAUCGUGAAAUUACAGAUCUCUAUGCACCUGCGACUAUAAAGAAAUACAAUGGACGUUCCUUGGGUGAAUUGGCACCCCACGUAUUUGCCAUAGCUGAUAAGGCUAUACGCGAUAUGCGUGUCUACAAAGCAUCUCAAUCGAUAAUUGUUUCGGGCGAAUCAGGAGCUGGCAAAACAGAGUCCACAAAAUAUCUGCUGAAAUAUUUAUGUUAUUCGCAUGACAGUGCAGGACCCAUAGAGCAAAAAAUCCUAGAUGCCAAUCCUGUAUUGGAGGCCUUCGGUAAUGCCAAGACCACACGCAAUAACAAUUCCUCACGCUUUGGCAAAUUCAUUGAAGUGCAUUACGAUGCCAAAUGUCAGGUGGUCGGUGGUUAUAUUUCCCAUUAUUUGCUGGAGAAAAGCCGCAUAUGUUCACAGAGUGCUGAGGAACGUAAUUAUCAUGUAUUCUAUAUGCUUUUGGCGGGAGCACCACAACAAUUACGUGAUAAAUUAAGCUUAGGCAAACCAGAUGAUUAUCGGUACCUCUCCGGUUGUACACAGUAUUUUUCCAAUGGAAAAACGGAACAGUUGAUACCAGCAACACAAAAAUCAGCAGAUCAUAUGAAAAAUGGACCGCUGAAAGAUCCCAUAAUCGAUGAUUACAAUCAUUUCCAAAAUCUGGAUAAGGCCUUGGGUCGUCUGGGCCUUAGUGAAAUACAAAAACUGGAAAUCUAUUCAUUGGUGGCGGCUGUGCUGCAUCUUGGCAACAUCUCCUUUGAAGAAAUACCCGACGAUGUGAGAGGAGGAUGCCAGGUUUCACAAUCCUCAGAAAAAUCUUUGACCACAACAUGUCGCCUUUUGGGCGUAGAUCCAGAUGAGCUGAGACAAGCUUUGGUUUCAAGAGUAAUGCAAAGUAAAGGAGGCGGUUUCAAAGGCACAGUGAUCAUGGUUCCUUUGAAAAUGUAUGAAGCCUCCAAUGCCCGUGAUGCCUUGGCCAAGGCCAUUUAUAACCGCCUAUUCGAUCGCAUAGUGGCCCUUAUCAAUCAAAGCAUACCCUUCCAGGCUUCCAAUUUCUAUAUAGGCGUCUUGGAUAUUGCCGGUUUCGAGUAUUUCACCGUCAAUUCCUUUGAACAGUUUUGCAUUAACUACUGCAAUGAGAAACUGCAGAAGUUCUUCAACGACAACAUAUUGAAGAACGAACAAGAGUUGUAUAAACGAGAGGGUCUUAAUGUUCCUGAAAUUACUUUCACCGAUAAUCAAGAUAUUAUAGAAUUAAUCGAAAACAAAUCGAAUGGCAUCUUUACUUUGCUGGAUGAGGAGAGCAAACUGCCCAAGCCUUCGCCGGUACAUUUCACCAGUGAGGUGCAUUCUGCCUGGACAAAUCAUUAUCGUUUGGGUUUGCCACGUUCCUCGCGUCUGAAGGCUCAUCGUACACUGCGCGAUGAGGAAGGAUUUCUGGUGCGUCAUUUUGCCGGAGCAGUAUGCUAUAAUACAGAGCAAUUUAUCGAAAAGAACAAUGAUGCCUUGCAUGCCUCCCUCGAGGGUUUGGUGCAAGAAUGUGAGAAUCCUCUACUGAAAUCGUUGUUUCCCUCGGGUACAAGUUCUUCGAGAGGUAAAUUGAAUUUCAUUUCGGUGGGCUCAAAGUUUAGAACACAAUUGGCCGAGUUAAUGGAUAAAUUGGAGAAGAAUGGCACCAAUUUUAUACGCUGCAUAAAACCCAACAGCAAAAUGAUUGAUCGCGAAUUUGAAGGUGGUUUGGCCUUGGCCCAGCUGAAAUGUUCUGGCACCAUAUCUGUGCUGGAAUUGAUGGAGCAUGGCUAUCCUUCGCGCGUACCCUUCGCCGAUCUCUAUAACAUGUACAAAUCUUCUUUGCCUCCCGAAUUAGCUAAACUGCCAGCUCGUACCUUCUGUGAGGCUAUGCUGCAAUCCUUGAAUUUGAGUUCUAAAGAUUUUAAGUUUGGCAUAACGAAAGUCUUCUUCCGGCCGGGUAAAUUCAUAGAAUUCGAUCGUAUUAUGAAAUCUGAUCCCGAAAAUCUGUUGGCCAUUGUGGCCAAGGUCAAGAAAUGGUUAAUCAGAUCCAGAUGGGUGAAAUCGGCCUUGGGCGCAGUGUGUGUUAUAAAGUUGCGCAAUCGUAUUAAAUAUCGCAAUAAAAGUGUUUUGCUCAUACAAAGCACGGUUCGUGGCUUUUUGGCUCGCAAACAUCAUCGUCCUCGUUAUCAGGGCAUUGCCAAGAUCAAUAAGAUUCGUAUGAAUGCUCAAAAGACUGUGGAAAUCGCUGGCGGUUUGAAGAAAGGUCGUGACGAAAUUGUACAAGAAGUUGCCGAUAUUAAUCGUCAAAUUGAUGAUACCAUUCUGAAAAUCAAGAUGAAUGAGAAAAUUACUCCUCGUGAAAUUGAUGGGCUGUACACCAACGUUAUGGCCAACAUGAAUAAGAUAACCGUUGAUUUGAAUACAAAACUAAAGGAACAACAACAAGCCGAGGAACAAGAACGUUUACGCAAGAUCCAAGAAGCUUUGGCAGCAGAACGCAAAGCCAAGGAGGAAGAAGAACGCCGUUUGCGCGAAGACGAGGAUAAUAAACGACUGAAAGCCGAAAUGGAAGCUCGCCGCAAGGCCGAAGAAGUGCAGCGCUUGAAACAAGAAGAAGAAGAUCGCAGAGCAGCCUUGGCAUUGCAAGCACAAUUGGAGAAGGAGGCAAUUGACGAUGCCAAAUACAGACAACAAUUGGAACAGGAACGUCGUGAUCAUGAGUUGGCUUUGAGAUUGGCCACCGAAUCCAAUGGUCAGGUGGAGGAUAGUCCGCCAAUGAUAAGAAAUGGUCAAACGGAUAUGUCGCCCAUGGGUCCAAAUAAACUGAUCAGGUUCAGUGUAUCGAGCAUAGCUUCUCGUUACUUGCAACAGAAAUCGGAAAAUGUGCGUGCCCAACAACAGGCUUUGGGCAAACAAAAAUAUGAUUUAUCCAAAUGGAAAUAUUCCGAGCUGCGUGAUGCAAUAAACACUUCCUGUGAUAUUGAAUUGCUUGAGGCUUGUCGCCAAGAAUUCCAUCGUCGUUUGAAGGUGUACCAUGCAUGGAAGGCAAAGAAUCGUAAACGUACCACAAUGGAUGAAAAUGAACGAGCCCCAAAAAGUGUUAUGGAAGCAGCUUCAAAAGCCCCACCAUUGGUACAACCUAAACAAGAAAUUGUAGCAACUGCCCAACAUCGUUAUUUCCGCAUACCAUUUAUGAGGGCCAACGCACCAGAAAAUACUAAAAGAGGUUUGUGGUAUGCCCAUUUUGAUGGUCAAUGGAUAGCAAGACAAAUGGAACUGCAUGCCGAUAAACCACCCAUCCUACUCACAGCAGGUGUUGAUGAUAUGCAAAUGUGUGAGCUAAGUUUAGAAGAGACCGGCCUGACACGCAAACGUGGCGCUGAAAUUUUAGAGCAUGAAUUUAAUCGUGAAUGGGAGAAACAUGGUGGCAAACCAUAUAAAAAUUUAGGUGCUAAAUAAAAAAAACAAUUAUUUAAAACUAUAUUUAAUAAUAUAAUUAUAUUAAGACAUCCACAAACACAUAUAUUCAUAUAUUAUACAAUAACUAUGAAAUUUAUAAUUUGAAAUUAUAAAAAAAAAAUGAAUGAAAUAGCUAUAUAACACAGAAUCUAAAUUAAAUGUGAAAAAUAAAACAAAUAAUAAUUGAAAAAUAAAAACAAAUAGAAGUCGAUGGAAUAUUUUUACACAAAUUCGAAUAAAAUAGAAGAAAAAUAGAAAACAAAAAAUUAAAUGAAAUGAGUAGAUAGUAUAUUUUUCCUACGCCCAUAUAAAUCAGAAUUGCAUCAUUUUCCUUUAUCUCGAUCAGAAGCUAAGGAAAACAACGUUUCCCAUUGCAAUUGCAAUCAUCCAAUAUUCCCACAUUUUAUCUGUUUUUUUAAUAUCACUAAUCCCCCAGGAGGGUACAACAAGCAUAUAGAAUUAUUAGUUAUAGCAUUCAAAUCACUCACCACUGCAUACUAACCAUUAAAAUAUAUUCGCAUAUUCAUAUUAAUAUAAAGAACCAUAAUCAAAGACAAAUAUCAACAAUAAUACAUACUUAGUAUAAAAUAAUUUUAUAAGAAUAAAUUUCAUAUAACAAAUAUAAUAAAACGUAA